GUCUGUCUCAGACCUGGCUGAGUCCGUCCUCAGGUGUAUGCAGGCGAGUCGGCGGCUCGUGGUGGUGCUCAGUGGAGCAUGUGUGUGUGAGAAGAGCGUGCAGAAGCUGGAGUGCGGGCUGUGUGUGUACCUGCACGGCACGUGCGGUACUCCGCUCAUCACGGUGCGUUGGCGACGCGGUCUCAGGGCACCAUGCUGUCGCGAGCUCACCGAACUGCGCCGGUGUGCCAUCUGCGUGCACUGGCAUGGUGCACAAUCCCAACACCCCACCUCACGCUUCUGGAAACGACUGCGGCUUGCGCUCCCGGUCCGGCCACUCGCGCUCGGCCCGAGACUCAUCGACAGCACGUCGUCACACUCCGACCUGGCGGCGGUGGCGCUGCGGCACACACACACCCAUCCACGUGCUCACCUGCACACAGGCGGCAAAAGAGCACGUGGCUGUGAGGUGUGUGCAAGUGACAGUAAACAGGUCAACAGCAGAGGGAACAGCAAAAUACAGAGCACACACUGCUGACACACACACACACACACAUAUACACACACACAAUGCAUAGGACAUUAACAUUAUACAUAUAAAGCAACAGAAAAUAUACACAUUUCUGAAUUAUAGACCACACACUGUGAACACACACACACUGAACUAUACAAUGUUAGAAAUCACACUUUCUU